AGAAGGGAGAGGGUGUAUAUGAGCUGCUAAAGCUAGAGUUGGAACAAUGUGUCGGGAGAUUGGCCAGGGUACUCUCCGAAGGUGAGGGAGACAGUGUUGAAUGGACUGUUCCCUUUGUGGAAGUUUGCGCUUGGUAUGAAAAGCUCUUCUGCAAUCCCUCUUGACAUAUCUCGAUCAGAACUACUUGAUGUCAAAUAAUGCGAAGCGCGUCCGACUACUUAGGGAGCUGGCUAAUGGGCUCUUCACCUUGCGGAUCUUCGCGAACCCCGAGAUAAAGUGGCGUCUGAAUGCCGCCAUAGAGAAGUGGCUCGCUUGGGAACGUCAUCACAGAGCUGCUCAUGAGCUCCGGCCUCGCUUCCAAGAGCUCAUCGGUCAUCUCUAUGUGUACGGGCAGUAUUCUCCGGUCUUGGAGGUGCCGUAUCUGGAAUUCACGGAGGCGUUCUACACCGCCGAAUCCCAGGCGCUCUAUGAAACGUGCGAUAGUGCGAGAGACUUCGCCAAAGAAUGCAAGAUCCGUAUCCAGGAGGAGGAGCAACGAGCGAGGGAGGUCCUGUCUCCUAAAAGCUGGGACGAGGUGAGAAAGACGACGGAAAGGCAGUUGUUGAACAGCCGAUUGAAAUGGUUGGCGAGUAACGCCUUGCCUGCAAUCAUGGAUGCCAAGGCUCUGGACGAACUGGCGGAUCUCUACGACUUGUUCUCACGAGCCGCCGGUCACAAGGUCCUGGCUAAUGCCUUCAAGGAGUACGUCCAGAACAAUGUCAAAGCCAUCGUGAAGGACGAAGCCCGCGACGAGGAAAUGGUCGAGCGCUUGCUCGAAUGCAAGAGCUUCGCCGAAACAGCGAUAUCAACCGCAUUCGUUGACAUCGUGCGCGACGAGGACGAGCCCCGCGCGUCCACGUCGGAUACGCCCCCUGCGAAGCAACCACACAAGGAGUUUGGCUACGCUCUGCUCGACGCAUUCCAGGGUGGCUUCAAGGCACGGCGGAAGAAGCCCGCGGAGAUGAUCGCUAAGUAUCUCGACAAGGCGAUGCGGCGGGGCCAGAAAGGCGCGAGCGACGAGGAGUUCGACCGCGCUCUGGAUGCGGCGCUGUCGCUGUAUAGGUUCACCGAUGAUAAGGAUGUAUUUAGGACGUUCUAUCGCAGGGGCUUGGCGAAGCGGCUCCUGUUGCAGAGGAGUGCAUCGGAUGAUUUCGAGAAGGCAGUGUUGAAGAAGUUGAAAGAACAGUUCGACCCUGAAUUCGAGACCGGAGAUGACAUGUUCAAGGACUUGGCUCUUUCGAGGGACAUGCUAGCAGAGUUCCACCAGAAACUGGCGGAAGACGACCCUGCGCAUAAGCUGUCUGUAACCGUUUUGCAGCAGAGUGUCUGGCCUUUCACUCCCAACGCCACGGUUGACCUGCCAACUUUCAUGCAAGAUCAGUUGAACAGAUUUACCGUGUUCUACAAGAACAAGCACCAGGGCCGGAAACUAGAAUGGGACCAUAAUUUGGGUACGGCGAACUUAAAGGCGCGGUUCAAGGCUGGCUCGAAGGAUCUAUCUGUCAGCCUGCAUCAGGCUGUGAUUCUGCUACUCUUCAAUGAUACGGAUGAGAUCUCCUUCACGGAUAUACAGGCGUCUGUACAUAUGGAGGACGGAACGUUGCGCAGAACACUCCAGAGUCUUGCAUGCGGCAAGAAAAGGGUUCUGAAGAAGAGGCCGGCCGGGCCUGACGUCAACGAUGGGGAUGUUUUCCUUUACAAUGCAGAAUUCACCGACUCCAGACCUAGGGUCCAUAUCAACACUAUACAAGUCAAAGAGACGCCUGAGGAAGCCAAACGCACGCAGACGGCAAUCGAGGGAGACCGGAAGCACAUACUGGAUGCAGCCAUUGUUCGUAUCAUGAAGGCCAAGAAACAAAUGCGCUACGAACAGAUCAAGAAUGAUACGAUAGAGGCGGUCAAGAAACACUUCGUCCCGGAAGUCAGCGUUAUCAAACAGCGCAUCCAGCAGCUGACGGAGCAAGAAUACAUGAGGCGAGACGAGGAUGAUAUGAAUCUGUAUAUUUACGUUGCAUGAGCUCUGUGCUCCUGUACUGUUGGCACGUAGUUGCGUUCCGGACGUCGAGUACAUGUACACUGUCCAUCUGGCUGGAAUACUUACCCAAGGACAGUGUAUGCGUGCAGUGGGC